CCAUCCAUAAAAACAAAAAAAUAUAUGUAUGUAUAGUGGUGUUCGUACGGCCAUCAAUAUCAUCUCCCAAUCCGACCAUCCCGAAGAUAAGUAGUAGAUUCCUUGCAUUCAUUUUUCUUUUACAAUCAUUUCUUAUUAGAGAAAACAACAACAAUAUAUAAUUUUAAGAUAAUUUGAUUUAUAAUAAGAAAAAAAUAUGAUGGGGGAGAGUGGUUGUUCAUCGGAUAAUCAAGAGAUAAUGUUAUUUGGAGUGAGAGUGAAAGUCGUCGAUCCGAUGAGAAAAAGUGUCAGUAUGAACGAUCUAUCACAAUAUGUUCAUGUUCUCCAUCCUCCUCCUCCUGCCAGCAACAACCUUGAUGUCUCCGCCGCGAUUGUCUCGUCGGACAACGGUUACGCCUCUGCUGACGAUGCAGCUGCUGCCCUUGGCAACCAAUCCAAUGGUGUUGCCAGAGAGCGUAAACGAGGGGUACCAUGGACGGAAGAAGAACACAAGCUGUUUCUGGUGGGAUUACAGAAAGUAGGGAAAGGGGAUUGGAGAGGCAUUUCCAGAAACUUCGUCAAGACCCGUACCCCUACCCAAGUUGCCAGUCAUGCCCAGAAGUAUUUCCUUCGCCGGACCAACCUUAAUCGUCGUCGCCGUCGAUCCAGCCUCUUUGACAUCACCACUGCCACUACUACUGAUCAUCAUUCCGUUGAUGCAAGCCCAAUGGAACAAGAAGAAGAAGUUCAUCAAGAUAGCAACUCACAAAUAAGUGGAUUCCCAAUUGCAUCCUUCCCACCGACAGUUCCUUCACCAUUACCAAUCGAAAUUAAAGUGGAAAGUACUGUUGGCCAACAACAACUCAAUGAGGGAUCGACGUUAAUUCGCCCAACCCCUCUAUUUCCAGAUAAUGGUUUGAUUCAGAAACACCAAACGAACUCGUUAUCAUUAUCGCUAAACCUGUCCUUGUCUUGUGAUACAAAUCCUUCCACUGCAUUCCAAGUGAUCCCAGGAUUCAACAAUGGAAGAAAUGGUCUUAUUAGUGUUGGUUAAACAUCUCACACACACACCAAAAAAAAAAAAGAUACUAGAAAGAAAAUAAAAUAAACUCAAUCAAUCUGCACAAGUUUGCUAAUUAGUUUUUAGUCUUUUGUUUGUUACUGUCUAUCUAAUCUUUUGUUAUGUACAGACCAAGAUUUGUUUAAAUUACUAGUAUUAUGUGUGAUAAA